AUGCUAGAUUUCAAUGGAAAUGUGGUGGAUUUUUUCCCACUGCCGUCAGCCAGGAAAUCCCCCAAGCUGAGAAAAGCUUGGGUCAAAGCCGUGAAACGAGCUGAUUUUAAUCCAGGUCCCGGCGAAUAUUGGCACAGUGUUUGCUCUAGACAUUUCAUAGAUCACCAACCAACAAAAGAAAAUCCCAUUCCAACCCUAUUUUCAUACAAGAAAGGCAAAGAAAGAAAGACGAAAAACAGCAAAGUUUACGGUGUCCAUCACGUCAGUGAAAGUUGCACUCGAAGUCCAACAAGUGAACAUGCAUAUGCACUAACUGAUGAAAACUUGGUUGACAUUGACACUCCUAGUGAGACAGACAUAAAGGCACACUUAACAACCCUGAUCGUAGAAAACAGACAUCUAAAGACAAGAUGUACUACCCUGGAAGAGGAAGCUAAAGGUCUUCGAACACAGCUUAAGAAUACAAAGUGUGAACUGAAGGAAACCAAAAAGUAUGCUGAUGAGCUCAGUGACAAAUUGGAUGAAAAAGACAAACUAUUCAGGGAACUUCUUCUAGAAAAAUUAACAAAAACAGAUAAAAAUGUAAAAGUGUUUUUAGGAUUACCUAGUGUUGUAUUUUUAAUGGGUUUAUUUGACAUAUUGAAUUCACAUGCAUCAAAGAUGAAGUACUGGACUCGACAGUCAUCUAGUGAAGAAAAGGAAUGGCAGCAAGCAAAUCGAAGAAAACCAGGGAAGCCUCGGAAAUUAAAAUUGUUUGAAGAAUUUAUUUUAACUCUACUAAGUCUUCGCUUAGAUGCCACUGAAUUCUUUGUUCAGCGUCCCAGAAAUCCCACAACUCAAAGUCGAACUUGGUCAAAUUAUAAAUCUAAAAACACAUUUAAAGCUCUUGUGGGCAUAACACCAAAUGGUGCAUUUUCUUUCAUAUCUGAUCUUUGGUCAGGAAAUAUAUCUGACAGGUGUAUCACAGAGAAAAGUGGGUUCUUGGAUUACAUUCAGAGGAGUGACCAUGUGAUGGCUGAUCGUGGAUUUCUCAUCAAUGAUACGUUGGAGUAG